AGGUCUGGUCACCGGUGAGCUCAGCUCCUCUGCUGACAAUGAACACCACACACUUUGCAUUCUCAUUUCAGCCCGUGCCGCUCAACGCCACCCAAGACUUCAACGACUCCGUCCCGAACAACAGGAGCGGCGACGGAUUUUGCGAGCAGGUCUUCAUCAAAGCCGAGGUCUUCUUGACUCUGGGGAUCAUCAGCCUGCUGGAGAACAUCCUUGUCAUUCUGGCAGUGCUGAAGAACGGCAACCUGCACUCUCCCAUGUAUUUCUUCCUCUGCAGCCUGGCUGUGGCAGAUAUGUUGGUGAGCAUGUCGAACGCCCUGGAGACCGUCAUGAUCGCAAUCCUCAGCAACGGCUACCUGAUCAUUGGCGACCACUUCAUCCAGCACAUGGACAAUGUUUUUGACUCAAUGAUUUGUAUUUCUCUGGUAGCCUCCAUUUGCAACCUCCUGGUCAUAGCCAUCGACAGGUACAUCACUAUUUUCUAUGCCCUCCGUUACCACAGCAUCAUGACGGUGAAGAAAGCCCUGACCCUCAUUGUGCUCAUUUGGGUGGCUUGCAUCAUCUGUGGCAUCAUUUUCAUUGCCUACUCGGAGAGCAAAACUGUCAUUGUGUGUCUCAUCACCAUGUUCUUCACCAUGCUGCUGCUCAUGGCCUCGCUGUACGUGCACAUGUUCCUGUUCGCCCGCCUGCACGUCAAGCGCAUCGCGGCGCUGCCCGUCGAGGGCGUGCCCCCCCAGCGCACCUGCAUGAAGGGGGCCGUCACCAUCACCAUCCUCCUGGGGGUCUUCAUUGUCUGCUGGGCGCCCUUCUUCCUCCACCUCAUCCUCAUCAUCUCCUGCCCCAUGAACCCCUACUGCAUCUGCUACACCGCUCACUUCAACACCUACCUGGUGCUGAUCAUGUGCAACUCCGUCAUCGACCCGCUCAUUUACGCCUUCAGGAGCCUGGAGAUGAGGAAGACUUUCAAAGAAAUUGUGUGUUGCUGCUAUGACAUGAGUGUGGGACAGUGCAUGCUGUAAACACCUGGAUUUGGGUGAAAAAAACACACCACAGGUGUAUAAAUAUAAAUAUAAAUAUAUUUAUGUAUAUAUUGAGAUACAGAGCAGCUCACUUUAAACGCAGUGCCUGAAGGAAGGGUGCAGGAAAGACAAAAGCCUCCUACAUGAUGCCUUGUUUCUUACUUU